AUGAAACCACGAAACCCUUACAUAUGGGCUUUUGUUUUUGAGCUAUUCCAAGCUGACCAAGCUGCCGAAGGCGUCAAGUCGCGAGUCAAGGUUCUCGUCACCAGAACGGACCCCGAGACAGGUGAGCCGAUCGAAGAGGACGGCAAGCUGCGGAAAGCCAAAGACAAGGAUCUUUACAAAGACUAUGCGUUCGUCCUUCGUAAGAAGGUUUUCGAGGCCAAAUAUCCAUAUCCUGAAUCAAACAGCUCCGAAAUUGAGAUAAUUAGCCUCGGUCUAUGGAACCUGCUGAAGGAGCGCCUUGGCCACUGGCCAUACCACACCUUUCGCGACGCACCUGUCACGCUCAAAUCACCCUUUGAACCUCUGGUUUUCCACUUUGACGACCUGAGCGGCUGGGCUGCGGAGCCACCGAAAGACGAAACGGAUAAGCAGGCGCGAGAGGAUCUCAGAAUUCUCCUGGAAACCAUUUCAGGAGGCUUGUCGGGCGACGAGAGACUGGACAGGUACUUCAAGACACGGUCCAACUACAAGAGACAGCAGCCAGGGACAAUUCAAUUCGAGGAUUUGUGGACGGUUUUCCCGCCUGGAACGCUGGUAUACGGGCGACCUUUCCAGGGUGAAGACCAGGUCUUUCUGGUCAACGACUGUCUCGAAUCCUGGCCGUGGAAGGAAUCACCCUACAGCGGCGGACGCGACCUGGCACCCUGGAAGUUAUAUGCUUGGUCCUACGACUGGAAGGAUGGCUCUUUUAGACGUACGCAGUUCACUCUCGUUUUCGAGAAGUUCGACGGUCACGUACCACUCACAUCCCUUCCGUUCUAUCCGUUCGAGCUUCAUGAAAAGCACGACAUUGUGCGAGACAAACUUAUCGAAAGAGGAAAGGAGUUUCGCAAAAUUUGCGAGUCAAAAGAGGACUCGAGGCUCUUCGAGUACAGCGGCAAGGCAAUCCUGGAAAAGAAAGGGUUUUCCGGCAUGAAAUAUGAUGACGAUGGUUACUCUUCAUUGUAUGCCUCCCCUUUCUUCCAGGAACUCUUGUACAGGGAGUUUGGACCAAGGCGGGUCAGCGACUCCGAUGCCCAUCCGAUCAAACCCUCCGAGGUUCGGAGUAGGGUCAUGGUAGACUAUGAGUCAUAUUUCCAGUACGGAGGAACAGAUGGACGCAACGGCUCGCUAAAACCCGGUGGAGGGUCCAGCGGAUGCGCCUGCCCGGAUUGCCGCUCAAACGUCGGCCUCGCGGACAAGUACCGCACCAGAUUCGACGACGGAGAGUUUGUGCGUGGCAAAGAAUGGGAUCCGGAGCAGUACCUCUUAUGUCCGCCUCGCGUUUUGGGAUAUGUUCUGCAGGAAAAGCAGUGGGCACAACUGCAGGUGUCGUUGCUUCAUCGAGUCGACGACUGGGACGAGAAAGGCGCCUGGAACUUGCGACUCAAGCUGGCCGAUGAUGUUGUCGACUCAAGCAAAAAGAGGAACGACAAGAAAGCGGAAAAAAUCUCCACCAAGGAUCUUCUGCUCGAUCUGGUCCGCAGCCACACCUCAACGAUGGAGCACAUAGGCGAAGUCGACGAGAUGCUGCGAGUAGACGAUGUUAUAGCCGGAAAGGGCAAGGGCCUCGUUAUACUCCUCUACGGCCCACCAGGAGUCGGGAAGACCUUGACAGCUGAGACCAUCGCCAUCGCCACCAAGAAGCCGUUGUUCUCGGUCAGCGUUGCCGACGUUGGGACGCAGGCCAAACACGUCGAGUCGAAUCUCUCGAGGAUUUUUUCUUUGGCAACGAAGUGGCAGGCCAUCUUGCUCAUCGAUGAAGCAGAUGUUUUCUUGGAGAGCCGCCUGAAGGAGGGCUGGGCCACGGAGAAAAAUGCUCUAGUCUCGGUUUUCCUUCGCGUGUUGGAGUACUAUGAAGGGAUCAUGUUCCUCACGACGAAUCAGAUUGCAGAGUUUGACGUGGCCAUCCCCUCGCGUAUCCACGUCGCCAUCGAAUACCGGCCCCUGGACACGGCACAGAUGGAGCAGAUCUUCCGUGGCUUCCUCGAGAAGUUGAACCGCGACCGCGCGAUUGAGGACUACGACGAACUCUUCGAAUGGCUCGAGGAGGUCGUCUACAAGGAGGGCUUUGACGGGCGGCAGAUUCGCAACAUCGUCACUACAGCUUUGGGCCUCGCCCGUGCCAACGCCAAGCAUCGCGGACAGAGAGCCAAGUUGACCAAGGCGCACAUCAAGACGGUGUAUGCGAACAUGAGCGAUUUCAAGCGUGCAUUCAACAAUGAGAUGCUCAAGUACAAGGAACGCCAGAAGAAGAUGAUCAAAUAGGUUGUGUCCAUAUGUGUAUGUAGCUGUCGGGAGACAAUCUAGCGGCAACACUUGACAGCGUUGGCUUCGCAAGGGGGAUGCGGGAGUGUGGACAGUGUUAACCAAAUUUGAUCAAAUAGGAGGAUGUUCAGGUCAUUGAUGCAGAAC